CAAGCCUCCCACGGCGCCGUUGCCAUUGCCGUGCCAUGGGUCUGCGCAUGGUGCGCGGGCCUUGCUGCUGCUCGCCGUCCCCGUCCUCCUCCUCCUCCGUCUGGCCAUGGAUGCUGCAGGCCCAGCUCCCCAGGCACCCCCACCCCCCAUGUGAGUCGUCUCAAGUGAGUGGAAGGCCAGCUUGCUCUGAAUCCCUGAGAGUUCUGGCCUUGCAUCUGUUGCUCAAUCGGCAUGCGAAUCUUAACCGGCGCCCGGGUGACACCGUCAGAACUGCUGCGUCUUCAUCUGGUUUGCUUCAGAUAACAGAGAACAAGACAAGCAGCUUGCCAAAAAUGAAGGUGGAUGCAGAAAGAACAGCCCUUGAUGAUGCUCUUGACCGAAACACGCAGUUUGGCAGGAUUUAUGAGGACAUGUCUUCCUGGAUGGAUGUGGCUUACACAAGCAGCAACAGUUUGGAGUACAACCUGUUGAUGCAAAACAUCCAUGUCUUGGAGAGUAGUUUGGCUGGCCAAGAUUUGGUAACUCUGGAAAGAGACAUCCUUGUACAUAUGGAACAACUUGGAGCUCUGAAAUGGUUCAACGCGACCAGGUCCAGGGCUACUGUUACACAAACCUCAUAUGAACCAGAUUUUGCACUUGCUUGGAAUGUUACCGAAUCCGGUCCCGUGACUAGUCCUCUCGAGGAGCAAAGCGAUGAUCAGCUGGUCAUUCGGAGCGGGAAAAGCCAGGAGAGGAAAUUGAAGAGAAUUAGAGCGUCUGAGAAAGGUUCCGGGGUUUGCGUAAGGGCGUUGCCACGAAAAUCCAAAAAAUCACGCAAGUCCAGUUGUAGUCAAUUUAUAGCCGAGUGGAAAAACUAUCCGGGUCGACGAAGGAGCAUCGUCCGAGAACAAUCGGAGUUGCUGGUGACCAUCAAGGAAUGUGCAAACCUUGAGAAGAUCAGAGAAAACAUGCUGAAGGAAGGACAAGUGGUCACCUACGAUAGGUGGGCUAAGGCAGCUGGAGUUGAUGAAGCAGUUCUGAAGAGUAGACUGCAAGCAGGUUACUGCUGCAGAGAGAGGCUAUUGGUAACCACCGAGUGGCUUGUCAAGUACAUUGCAAGAUCAUACACCGGAAUUGGAACAGCUUUUGAAGAUCUUCUCCAGGCUGGGAAAAUGGGUGUGCUUGAUGGCGCCGAGAGGUUUGACAGCCAGAAAGGGUGCAAGUUCUCAACUUAUGUGAAGUACUGGAUAAGGAAAGCGAUGCUAGCGCUCCUUGCUGAAAAUUCUGGAGUAAUCCAGCUGCCUGCAAGGAUGGAGAGUAUCAUCCGAAAAGUGAAGGAAGCUAAGCGGGCGAUACGGUCCAACACAGGGAGGAACCCAAUCGACGACGAGAUUGCAACCUUUGUUGGCGUGUCACUUGCCAAUGUUAGAUUGGCAAAGAAGUACUCUCGUCGUGUUGUUUCACUCUACACGGAGGUCGGAACCGGACAGAAUGCCAAGUUUUGGGAGGUGACUCCAGACACAUCAUUGGAAGAUCCAGAAGAAGUCAUCUUCCGGAGGCAGCUGCGGGAGAGGCUGCUUCUUGUUCUGGGCACGCUCCCAGUGAGAGAGGGGCACGUGCUGAAGCUGCGACAUGGCCUCGAGGAUGGCAGGUGCAUGUCUCUAGAGCAGAUCGGAGGCAUCUACCAUGUGUCUAAGGAGUGGAUCAGGAAAAUCGAGAAGUCUGCCAUGUCCAAGCUCAGGAACGAGGAUGUGCAUCAUGAGCUCAAGGACUUCUGUGGAUUCUAGUGAGCUCUCUGAUUGCGCAAUCUUUCUAGUGUGGAUUGGCUUAAGGGUAGCUCAGCUGUGAAGCCCAAUUCGAGACUGCGAUAGGAUUCUAUAGGACUUUGUAUAUAAAUGCAUCACAUUUUAAAAUGACACACUUGUCCUGAUGGCAACUGAUGAGUACAAGGUUAACUUGAUUAUGUGCUGGUGAAUAGACAACGGUAAGUGAAAUUAUUUGUUCUUUUUU